CUUAUGUCUGAAUUUAGAACUUACUGUCCUCUUUAAGUUUCGCUUCUAAGUUUAUAUAUAUGUUCACAGAUAAAGUUUAUAAUUUAGAUGUUAAAGAAAAAACAAAGUGCAUAACUUGUGAAUUUGUGCUUUGUCUUAUUUGUUAGAUUACGGAUAGUGAAGUCUCGGAGACUGAAUGAUAUUGUUUCUGGUCAACUAAACCAAUUUCAGAACAUGGCAAACAGAGCAGACAACUCAAUACGUUGUUCAAAUAGUAAAAAACCGAAUGACGGUAUGAUGCUCGUAAUAUCAAUUUUUGCGGGAAUAGUUAUCGGAUUUUUGUUAGGAAUAUCUUUUCCUACAUUGUCACUAACUAAGAUGAAUUUUCCAUCAAGCAUACUUCCUUCUGUUGCUACUAUUUACAUAGAAAACGAGAAACCGGAGAAAUCAUCUAAGACGAGUUCACAAAAUGAGUUUGGUGAUGCAGCACAUCAUCAUAAGGCAUGUUUUUGUUUCUCCCUUGUGAACAUGACUCAAUCUUGUGGAUUAGUUUACAAUGUUUGUUUGGAUAUUCUACAGAUUUGGGUUCCAUCGAAUCCUCGAGGUGCAGAGAUGUUACCUCCAAGUUUUGUUGCAACCGAAUCAGAUUUUUACUUACGAAGAUUGUGGGGAUUUCCUAAAGAUGAUUUACCAGUGGUGAAGCCUAAGUAUCUAGUUGCUUUUACUGUUUCUUAUGAACAGCGAAAAAACAUCGAUGCUUGCAUCAAGAAAUUCUCAGAUAACUUCACUAUAGUUCUGUUUCAUUACGAUGGCAAAACCUCGGAAUAUGAUGAAUUCGAAUGGUCUAAACGGGCGAUACACGUGAGUGUACCUAAGCAAACCAAGUGGUGGUAUGCUAAAAGGUUUCUACAUCCAGAUAUCAUAGCACCGUAUGAAUAUAUAUUCAUUUGGGAUGAAGAUCUUGGUGUUGAAAACUUCGACGCAGAAGAGUACAUCAAGAUUGUGAAGAAGCAUGGUCUAGAAAUAUCGCAACCCGCUGUGGAAUCAAGAAAAUCAAUCACUUGGAAGAUAACAAAGAGAAUACCCGGAAUCGAAGUUCACAAAGAAGUCGAAGAGAAACCAGGCCGCUGUAAUGACCCUCACCUACCUCCUUGUGCAGGGUUUAUAGAGAUUAUGGCUCCAGUUUUCUCAAGAGAUUCAUGGCGCUGUGUGUGGCAUAUGAUACAGAAUGACUUGGUUCAUGGUUGGGGUCUUGACUUUGCGCUAAGAAAAUGUGUCGAGCCUGCACAUGAGAAGAUUGGUGUUGUGGAUUCUCAAUGGAUCAUUCAUCAAAAAAUUCCUUCUUUAGGCAGCCAGGGAACUGCGCAGGAAGGGAAAACCGCGUUCCAAGGGGUAAGAGAGAGAUGUAAACGGGAGUGGACAAUGUUUCAGAAAAGAAUGACCCGAUCAGAGCAGAAGUAUCGGAAAGAAAUUGCAUCUGCCUCUUCAAACGCUACACUUACUUAAACAAAAAGAAUAGAGGAACUGAAUAACAAACGAGCACAUAAGUAUACAUACACACUACACAUUCUUUGAAAGAACAAUAUAGCUCUGUUCUAGAAACAGUUACAGUAUUGAAACAGUUAAUAAAGUUCUUUUCAAACUC